AUGGACCAGGGCCGUUCAACCAGUGCCCAGCAACCCAAUGGCUUGCGCGAAAGAAUUGUCGCUCGCUCUGAUUCAACUACGGGUAGCGAGCCUUUAAUUGCGACCGGCGAGAUGGAGGCCGCAAAGGACGAGCUAGGAAAGGACAAGAAGACCUUCGGUCGAACUCCAGACGGAACGGUCUUCACAGUGCCUCAAACGCAUGAUAUGGUCUCUCAGCUUCUAUCGCCGUCAGAGCCUAAGAAUGUGGGCGACUUGGUGGUGAUCGCUCUUCUAGCCAUCCACAUCCUCCUCCUCUGGUACCUGCCCGCCAGCGCCAAAGUACCUGUCUUCGCAUUCAUUUACUUGUUCUGGCGGGCCGCGUACAAUGCAGGCAUCGGAUGGCUUCUGCACAACCAAUCCCACCACAAGACUUUGAUUCGCUGGGCAGAGAAGACCAAACUAUUUGUGAACCCGGCCACUGGAAAGAAUCCGCAUCCAGCAUUGUACAAAUGGGUCAAGAAGGAACUGGAGGCCAAGAUUCCCAAAGACUACUCGUUCGACAGUGCUCCUCUUGAAUACAAUACCUGGCUCGUCUUUAGACGUCUCGUGGACUUGAUCCUAAUGUGUGACUUCGUGUCAUACUGUCUAUUUGCGAUCGCAUGUGGUCACCGUCCCGUGGACGAGAGCAUCGUCAUGACUGUCCUUCGUUGGACCGCCGGCAUUGCUCUUGUCCUGUUUAAUCUUUGGGUGAAGCUGGACGCACACCGGGUAGUCAAGGACUACGCUUGGUACUGGGGAGACUUUUUUUAUCUCAUCGACCAAGAACUGACCUUUGACGGUGUCUUUGAGAUGGCUCCUCACCCAAUGUACUCGGUUGGUUAUGCCGGGUAUUACGGAAUCUCUUUGAUGGCAGCCAGCUACAAGGUCUUAUUCAUCUCUAUUCUUGCCCAUGCAGCUCAAUUCGCCUUUCUUGUCCUCGUCGAGAACCCGCACAUCGACCGGACCUACAACCCGCCCCCACCCCGAAAGCGAUCUGUGUGCGUGGACACGCCAUCAAGCCUAUCUUCAGACCCGGACACACCGAGAGCGCCUACUCCGUCCGAGGAUCUCACUCCCAAUGCGACCUCUUUGUACUCGGCCAAGCCGCCGCCCUCGGUUCAUAACAUGCUCGGUCUUCACAACAUGGACCUGUAUAGAACUACGGAUUCCUCAAUUCUGCUGGUUCAGCUGCUAGUUUUUGCCAUCACCGCUCUGACACCGUCGACCUGGCGGUACCAGCUCCUCUUCGUGGCGAAUGCUAUUGUAUGGCGACUGUGGUACUCUGUAGGCCUUGGGCUCUUGCUCAACAAGCAGUCUCGUGAUAAAGCUUGGACUCGACAUUUCCUGAAAUUUGGCGAGACCCCCGUCGAGGCAUGGAACCAAUGGAAGGGCACUUACCAUCUCAGUAUGAUCAUGUGCUACGCGAGCUUCAUCGCUGCCGCCUGGAAAAUGUACACUUUUCCGUCCGAUUGGGGUUAUGGCUUGGUUCUCUUCCGCCAUGUUCUCGGUGCCGGGCUGAUCAGUUUGCAAAUCUGGACGUCGGUCAGCAUCUACGACUCUCUGGGCGAGUUUGGCUGGUUUUACGGAGACUUCUUUUUCGAUGCCUCGUCCAAGCUCACCUAUGACGGGAUCUAUCGCUUUUUGAACAACCCCGAGCGAGUGCUGGGUCUGGCCGGCGUCUGGGGUGCCGUACUGAUCACCAGCAGCGCGGCGAUUACGUUCCUGGCAGUUCUCAGCCACAUUCUGAGCUUGGCAUUCAUUCAGUUUGUCGAGCGACCUCACAUGCAGAAGCUCUACGGACGAAGUCUCCGCCAGGACGGUGGAGUGGUCAAGAAUCUCAAAAAGUCUCUGCCACCCUCAUUGAAACAGCUGCAUGGAAGUGUUGACAAGAUCUUCGACGACUCGUUUGAAUUUGUUGAGGAACUCCUCGAGAACGCUCGACCUAAGCUUGCAGCCGGUGUCAACACCUUCGUCAAGGACACCACUGCUUUGUUCCAGAAAUAUCCUGCUCGCAUUACUAUUUCCCGCAUCGACGCUGAUCUUGCUGGCCUGAAUGUAGCCGACUACACCCUGUUAGUUGAAGGUACGGAUGCCAAAGCCUUGGACGAGAGUGAGCUAGGCAAGGGUCGCGAGGGUGAAAAUGCGCGCAUGCCACUAGACCGUCGCGGAGACCUCAAGAAUUUGACUUUCGAAUAUGGCGCACCGAUCAAGGUCAAAUGGACCGCCCCUCUGAAUCACAGCAAGAAGGACUGGGUUGGUCUGUACAAGGUAACUGACAACACUUCGCGUGAGGUCACACGUGUAUCGUCUCAGGGCCGAUGGAUCGCCACCAAUGAGGGUGUCUACGACAACACCACGUGCGAACGAGGGAUCAUUGUCAGCGAUGUGGUCCGGCAAUCCGAGGAACAGAAUGGUCGCAAGGGUCACGACAUCGCCACAGGUGAAAUCGUGUUCUCUGGAGACAAACUCUUCUGGACGCAGGGCACCUUUGAGCUUCGAUACCACCACAAUGGCAUGCAUAACGUCAUGGCCCUUUCCCGACCAUUUGAGAUUCGAAUUCGUCGCUUUGAUGAAGAUGAUGCAUUGGUGGAAAAUGACGUCGUGCAGACGGCCGUCGAGAAUGCUCUGCUUCCAGUUGUCCGCAAUUGCUUCGACCGUGAUCCUGAGAUUGCCCCGGAAAACGUUGAAGAGCAAUUUGGUAGCCUAGUUGAGCGAGACGGCAAAUUUGCCAACAGGGUGGUUUUCGCUGUGCACCAAAUGUUUGGUGUCGAGCUCGCGCCCGAGGUAGUCAAAGCCGAUGGGAAUGUGAGAAACCUUGCUUGGAGGAUAUACAAUGCGAAGAAGGUUCUUGCCCCCUACAGCAUGUCUCGGUCCAAUGGCACAACAACACCGAUUGAGAGCAAGUCAUAG